GAAAGAUUAUUUUAUAUUUAACUCAUUACACUGUCCAAUCAAAAUCUAAAGUUGACUGUUAUUUUAGUGAGAACGACGUGGACCACGGAGGCAUGGCCUUCUAUUUAAUGAAGCACCCAAGCAGGCCGGCUUCAACGUCAUUCCGCUCGUCUCUCUCGCUCACAUCAACUCUCCAGGCAAAAUAUCCUGGGCGCGAUGGAUGCAACGCCAGCGAGCAAGAAGGCCACGCCGGCCGCCGCCGUCGCCGACGCGGUCCCGCUCGCUGCGCAGCAGGCGGCGGAGCAGCUGUCGUCGCCCGAAUCCGUCGCCGGCGUGAGGGCGAGCGGCAGCGAGGACGACGACGAGCAGGUGGAGAGGUUCUACGCGCUGCUGGACAACAUCCGCGCCAUGAGGGGCAUGGUCAGCACCGGCGGCGCGGCACCGGGGAGGAAGCGGGCGCGCGACGACGAGCCCCCGUGGCGGCCGGCGUUCCGGAUGGAGGACUUCGAGCUUGAGGAAUUCGACUCCGGCUCCGCGGGGUGCGACGGGGGAAAGAAGAAGAGGGAGAGCAGCAUCGCGAAGCGGCCGGCCGACGAGGAGGAGCAGGCCGAGGUAGUGGAGGCCAAAGGUCCCCGGUGUGGGCCGCGGCCGCCCCAGUCGCACAAGCCGCGGCGCGAGGGAGUGCGAGCCGUCGACACGUGACAGGAAUUAGAAUACACAGCCCUGCCCUGGUCCAAUUUGCACGUCUUUCACAUUUACGAUGAUAUUUCUAUAUUCUAUAUUCUAUCUAUACUACUCUAUUAAGUUUGUA